AUGGACCUGAGCGCGGCCGCCGCGCUGUGCCUCUGGCUCCUGAGCGCCUGCCGCCCCCGCGACGGGCUCGAAGCGGCCGCGGUGGGGCGAGCGGCGGGGGCAGGGCCGGCCGGGAGUCCGGGGGGCGGCGGCGGCGGCGGUGCUGGCGGGGGCGGCCGGACCCUCGCCCCCGCGGCGGGCGUCUCGGCUGUCCCGGCUGCCGCGACUCCCGGGGUCCGCGCCGCGCGCCCCGCCGCGGGCUCGGGCUUCAGGAACGGCUCGGUGGUGCCGCACCAGUUCAUGCUGUCGCUUUACCGGAGCCUGGCCGGGAGGGCUCGGGCCGGGCCGGCCGCCGCUGCCGCUGCCGCCUCCACCACCUCGGGCUCCGGCCGCCACGGAGUCCGCGCGGACACCAUCACCGGCUUCGCAGACCUGGCGACCCAAGAAGAAUCCGCUGCGGAGACCGGCCAGAGCUUUUUGUUCGACGUGUCCAGCCUUCCGGAGGCCGACGAAGUGGUGGCCGCCGAGCUGCGCGUGCUGCGCCGCGAGGGUCGCGGGGAGCCGGGCCCCGGGAGCGCCCCUCCGCCGCCGCCGCUGCUGCUGCUGUCCACGUGCCCGGGCGCCGCCCGCGCGCCGCGCCUGCUGCACUCGCGCGCGGCCGACCCGCACGCGGGCGAGCGUUGGGAGGUGUUCGACGUGGCGGACGCCGUGCGGCAUCACCGCCGGGAGCCGCGCGCCGCCGCUGCGCUCUGCCUGCGGCUGCGUGCCGUGGCCGGGCCGGCGCGGGACCCGGUGGCCCUGCGGCGCCUGGGCUUCGGCAGCUCGCGCGGCCGCGCCGACGACGGCAGGGUGGAGGCGGCCGAGGAGCGCGCGCUGCUCGUGGUGUCCUCCCGCACGCAGAGAAAGGAGAGCCUGUUCCGGGAGAUCCGCGCCCAGGCCCGCGCGCUCGGGACGGCGCUGGCCGCCGACCCGCCGCCGGACCCGGGCCCCGGGCUCAGGUCGCCGCCGCCGCCCCCGCCCCCGACGACGACGGUGGCUCUCGGUGGCCGCCGGCGGCGGCGGACGGCGCUGAGCGGGGCGCGGGCGGCGCAGGGCAGCGGCGGGGGCGCGGGCCGGGCCCACGGACGCCGCGGCCGGAGCCGCUGCAGCCGCAAGCCGCUGCACGUGGACUUCAAGGAGCUGGGCUGGGACGACUGGAUCAUCGCGCCGCUGGACUACGAGGCGUACCACUGCGAGGGCGUCUGUGACUUUCCGCUGCGCUCGCACCUGGAGCCCACCAACCACGCCAUCAUCCAGACGCUGCUCAACUCCAUGGCGCCCGACGCGGCGCCCGCCUCCUGCUGCGUGCCCGCGCGCCUCAGCCCCAUCAGCAUCCUCUACAUCGACGCCGCCAACAACGUGGUCUACAAGCAGUACGAGGACAUGGUCGUGGAGGCGUGCGGCUGCAGGUAGCGUGGGGGGAGGGGGCCGCGCCUGGCCAGGGAGGGG